AUGAAUGGCGUAAUAGGAUCAACCUUUUUAUACGUGAAUACACCCAAUCAAAUUUUGAAAUCAGGUUUAUCAUCAUUGCAAAAGUGGUUACUAAUGGUUUUAGACUUUGAAAGAGGCACAGGAGAAACUAGGGUUGCAGUAGUAGAUUAG